UCUCGCGAGAUGAGACUUGUGACGCUGGGAUUAGCUGUCAGUCAGAAGCCAGGGAGCUGGACAUUUGUUGCGGGACGUUUAAGCAGCGAUCUGGGACUGCGGGCAUUGUUAAGAAAAUCACGACUGUCCCGUGAAAAACGGGGCUGUUGGGCGGUAUGCCCAAGGUGUCGCUGUUUCCUGUGGGCGUUGAGCAGGUGACAGCAUCAUGAAAAAGUUUUCUCGGAUGCCGAAGUCGGAGGGUGGUAGCGGAGGCAGUGGGUCCAGUCUGGGUGCGGGCUCCUCGGGCACCUCAAGCAUUGGAGGUGUGAAUGUUGGGAGAUGCUUUUGUGUUGGGCGCAACCAAGUCACAGUAGAAGAGCUUCUGGCGGAAGGGGGCUUCUCGACAGUCUUCCUUGUAAGAACUCAUGGAGGAAUACGUUGUGCAUUGAAGAGAAUGUAUGUUAAUAAUGUGUCUGACCUCAACAUUUGCAAGCGAGAAAUAACAAUUAUGAAAGAAUUGUCUGGCCAUAAGAACAUUGUUGGGUAUUUAGACUGUGUCAUUAACUCUGCUGGUAAUAAUGUGUGGGAGGUCCUUAUUCUAAUGGAGUAUUGCAGAGCUGGCCAGGUGGUGAAUCAGAUGAAUCAGAGACUUCAGUCUGGUUUUACAGAACCAGAGAUCUUGAGGAUAUUCUGUGACACCUGUGAGGCAGUAGCCCGUCUUCACCAGUGCAAAACCCCAAUUGUGCACCGAGAUCUCAAGGUUGAGAAUAUUUUGUUAAAUGAUAAUGGAAACUACGUCUUGUGCGACUUUGGAAGCUCUACAAACCGAAUUCUUAACCCACAGAAAGAUGGUGUGAACAUUGUGGAAGAAGAAAUUAAAAAGUACACGACUCUCUCUUAUAGAGCUCUUGAAAUGAUUAACCUCUAUGGAGGAAAGCCAAUUACCACAAAGGCUGAUAUUUGGGCCCUGGGCUGCUUACUAUACAAACUGUGUUUCUUCACUUUGCCUUUUGGUGAGAGCCAGGUUGCAAUUUGUGAUGGAAAUUUCACAAUUCCAGACAAUUCACGCUAUAACCACAAACUGCACUGUUUAAUUAGAUACAUGCUGGAGCCUGAUCAGGACAAAAGACCUGACAUCUAUCAAGUAUCUUAUUUUGCCUUCAAGUUAGCCAAAAGGGACUGCCCAUUACCAAACAUAUAUAAUUCUCCAAUUCCUCACGUGCUUCCGGAACCCAUGACAGCCAGUGAAGCAGCUUCAAAAAAGAGCCAAGUUAAAGCAAGAAUAACAGAUGCACUUGGGCCGACAGAAACUUCAAUCGCACCAAGACAGCGACCUAAGGCCAAUGCCAAUACAGCUUCAGCAACCAUGCUUACAAUCCAUAGUUCAGCAACCCCAGCAAAGAUGCCUGGUCAAGGUGUUCAGGCUCAUCACAACCAAAACUUAACUACAGCAGUACAGCCUGAUAAUGGAUAUGAAACAAUGCUGGCUCAAGGAGGCAACCAACAGCCUCCACAGCAACACAGAGUUUUGCAGCAGCUUCAACAGGGAGACUGGAGGUUACAACAGCAGCAUCAGUUACAGCAACAACAGCAACAGCAAUUGCUCCAGGAAGCCUACAUGCAGCAGUAUCAGCAAGCACUUCAACAGCAGAUUCUUCAGCAGCAAUUUCUGAUGCAUUCCAUUUACCAGCAGCAACAGCAUCCACUUACAUUUCCAACCAUGGUUCAUCAAUAUCAACAGACACAUAUACAGCAUCAACCGCAAGUCCUUGUUCAGCAUCAGCCGCAUAUUCAGCACCUGAGAUCUCCUCAAGAGAUUACACCAGUUUCAUAUGCAGCCUCAUUAUCUGAGCAAGUGGGAGGACUGGGAAACUCAUGCAGUACCAGAUCUACGAACAUUUCAGAAAUGGAAACUGGUUCUAGUGUUCCUAAACACAACAGCAGCAACCCACCAGAUAUGUCUGGGUGGAACCCAUUCGGAGAUGACAAUUUCUCUAAGUUAACAGAAGAAGAAUUACUGGACAGGGAAUUUGACCUUCUAAGAUCAAAUAAACUUGAGGAGUGUAGGCCUACCACAGGCAUCAGUGCAGAGCCAGUCACUGCUCCACACGACCAGUUUACACAAGAUGCGUUUGGUUCUGUGCCUUUUCUUUCUGAAUCAGGCUCACUUGAAAGAAUAGCAGAAAAAGUUGCAUGCAGUCAAGAAAAUGCUCCGACAUUUUCAAGGGAAGUUAAUAAAGAAAGUCAAUCAUCAAGAGGACUAAUUGCAGAAGAGAAAAUGCUGGAAACCUCAUCAUGUCAAAAUUCUACAAAAAAAGAAGGAAUUGAAUCUGAAAGUGAUUUUGAGUCUGACCCCCCUUCUCCUAAGAGUAGCGAAGAUGAGGACCAAGAAGAAGAAGAAACAUUGCAUAAUGAGCAAGUGAUUUACAAUGAUGAUAAUGAUACAGAACCAGAAAAUAUUGGCCAGAGGCCUCUAUUAAUGGAUUCUGAGGAAGAACAAGAUAAUGAAGAAGAAAAGCACAGUUCUGAUUCUGACUAUGAACAUACAAAUAAAAAAAAUUCCAGUGAAAAAUGUAAAAGUGUAUACAUACCAGAUACUGGUAUAGGGAUAAGUGCAACAGAGGUUUCCAACUUAUCCAGUGGGCAAAUAAAUAUGGUAAAAUCAACCUCUAAUCAGCAGCUCGAUGUUUUUGGAGCUGUUCCUUUUUCCUCAGUGAGGUCUGACCAGCCACAAACUAAUAAUGACUUUAAUCUUCAGACUUUAAAUGAUUCCUUACAAAGAGAAGGAGUCCAGGAAGAAUUUGAUGUAUUUUCAAAAGCCCCAUUUAGUAAAAAAGUUGAACAGCUUGACUGCCAGGUGACUCCUUCUAUUUCUCCAACGAGUGUGGAUAUAUUUGGGUGUUCACCAUUUGAGCCAGCUCCUUCAGAGGGAGAAAAAUCUUGCAGCAGAGAGGACAUUUUUGGAUUGGUGCCUUUUGAAGAAAUUACAGGAAAUCAGACACAACAUAAAGUAAAACAUCAACGCAACUUGCAGAAACUGUCUUCUCGUCAGAGGCGUACAAAACCGGAGACAGCAAGCAGCAAUGGCAAACGUCACCACGGCACACCUUCCAGCACAAAAAAGGCACCCAAGCCCAGUUAUCGUACACCCGAGAAAGUACGGAGACAUAAAAAAGGAGGCCGUCGUGACUCUCAAAGCAGUAAUGAGUUUUUCAUUAUGUCUGACUCAAAAGAAAAUAUCAGCAUUUCACUAAGUGAUGGGAAAGAUUGUGGCCAUCUUUUGCAAACAGAUGAAAGCUUGAUUGAUCCUUUUGGUGCCAAACCUUUCCAUCCUCAGGAUUUAAGGUUGCCACAACACCAGGGCCUCACAGACAACCAUGGAGAUCACCAGACAGCUAUGUCUGGCAGGCCAAGGCAGAGUUCUCUACAUGGGGGAUAUCAUAGCAAUGAUAAUCUAAAUAUGGAUGACUUUGGUGCAGUGCCUUUCACAGAACUAGUGUUGCAGAGUGUGACACAGCAAAAUAGCCAGCAAACACAGCAGCCACUAGAGUUCGAUCCAUUUGGUGCAGCCCCCUUUCCUUCCAAACAGUAGAAUUGUAUCUUAUAUUUUUACAUUACUUUUUUUAAUGCAACUUAAAAAUGUUAUUAGCGAGACUGUAUAAUUUUAGGACCCUGAUAGAUGGAAACAAGGCAGAAGACCUAUUUAAAAGUUACUACCCCAUUUUUCAUUUAGUAUUAGAAGGAUUUUGUUUUCUGCCUGUCUUACCCAUCUAUUCUUACAUUUAGAAGCUUGCAAAAUGCACAGUAAGCAACUCCCAGGCACUCCAUUGUGCCACCACUAGUUAUUAUCUUGCCGGUGGCAGAGUAGAGUAAACUUUAGGUAUCUCCUGCAGCUUCCAGUGCAAAAUCAAAAUAAGUUCCAGCCAAGGAUAAACAUUUGGUUACACAGAUUUAGCACAAGUUAUUUUUAAAAAUAUAUUUUAAUGAGUGGCACAUGUUAUUUAAUAGGCACUUUAAAAAUGUAUACAGGAACAAAAAAAGAAAACCACAACAUUUAGGAACAUGUAACUUUUUUAAUCUUGAAGUAUACUGAUUUAUUGUUUUUCAGAACAAUAUGUGUAUUAAAAACAAAAACAAAAAAAAUUAUAUAUAGCAAUAACUUUAAUAUAUCACAAUACUGAAGCCACUUUUUUCUUAGCAUUACUUCCUGAAAAAAAGUGGGUAUUUUUUGUUUUUUUUAUAAGGCAAUAGCUGAUAAGCAUUCGGAAGGACUGGACAUGAGAUUUAACCCAGCGUGAAUAACUACAUGAUAUAUUUUUUAAAAAGCUGCAAUUAUGAGACCAAAAUCCUACAAUCCUUGUGCACAUAACUUUCAAUUUUUUGUACAUUUUUUUUCAACAUUUGUCAUUUUCCAAAACUUUAUUAAUUAGGUCAUAGGUAUACUAUAGGGAGGGAGUAGUGUAUCAGACUGAACUUAUUAAGCUGGAAUAUGAGUAUGUGUUUAUAGGUACAUCCAACUUUACUUUUAAUAUUAUCAUAAGAAGUAUGAAUGUUACGUAUUCUAAAAGGGUUCUCAUAAAAGUGAAACUGUGAUUUAUAUUCAUAGCCUUUUAAAACAUAUUUUUCCUAUCUUGAAAUAUAUCUAUACGAAGUUUAAAACCUGUGUUUUACCAUAUUUUCUAACUGGACAAUCUUGCUGCAAGAUUGUUUGCACUUACUGUAUGCAUUUGCCUCCAUGAAGCACUAUUAUAUAUCUCAGCCUCAGAAAGAGAAUGGUAUGACAACUUUACUCACCUAAAAUCAAUAAAUAAAAUUGUAUACUUA